AAAAGUCUGCAUAAUAAUAUCACCAAUUCUCUCCUCGCUCCAACUAGUUCAUUCCCCCCUUCGCUCCAACUACUUUAUGGCGUCUUCAAUGCCGCCGUCGCUCCUCCUCCUUCUCCUCCUCCUCAGCUUCCUCUGGACUCUCUCUUCCGCCGUCGAAGUCCUCCUCAACGGCUUCAACGCCUCCAACCUCAGCCUCUUCGCCAACGCCACUCUCGAGCCCUUCCCCUCAAGCUCCCGCCUCCUCCGCCGCCUCUUCAUGCUCUCUCUCACUUCCAAGGACCCCUUCUCCCUCGGCCGCGCCCUCCUCCCCGACCCCAUCCCCACCAAAUCUUCCUCCCUCGGCGUACUUUCCUUCUAUGUUUCCUUCCUUUUCUCCAUGGCCACCGUCCCCCAGGCCCUACCCGGCCACGGUCUGUCCUUCCUCUUCGCUCCCUCCCAAGACACCCUCGGCGCCACCUCUUCCCAGCACCUCGGCCUCUUCAAUCGAUCCUCUGAUGGAGACCCCUCGUCCCGCGUCUUGGCCGUCGAGUUCGACGUCUUCGGCAACCCGGAAUUGCACGAUAUGAACGGCAACCAUGUCGGCGUCAACCGCAAUUCCCUCAAUUCUAUUCAAGCUGCCGCCGCCGGAUAUUGGCUCGAAGACGGAGUUACCUUCGAAAGUCUCACCCUAAAUGACGGAUCCAAUUACCAGGCUUGGGUCGACUACGCCGGCGCCAAACUCAACGUCACCAUGGCCCCUGCAAAACUCGGCGUUAAGCCGCGCCGCCCCCUCAUCUCUUUCAAAAUCGACCUCUCCGACGUCUUUCUCGACGAUAUGUACGUCGGAUUCGCCGCCUCUAACGGGCAAUUAAUGCAGCACCACCGCGUCCUUGGUCUGAGCUUCAGCUACACUAAUUCUUCUGCCAGCACCGGCCUAAUCACGACUGAUCUCCCUGAUUUCAUCACGCUGGAAUCUGACAAGACGCGCCUUUUGAUCAUCCUUCCUGUGUCUGCGACGGUGAUCGCGAUUCUUAUGGCGGGAAUAAUAGGUUUAUGGGUAGCCAACCGCCGUAGGAGGAGAGACAGGGGAAACAGGGGAGAGUUGGUCGAAGAGAUGAUAGAGGAAUGGGAAUCGGAGUAUUGGCCACAUCGAAUCGAGUAUCAUCAGAUUGCCGCCGCCACGGACGGUUUCUCCGGCAGCAAUCUCGUCGGCCAAGGAGGCAACGGGAAGGUCUACAAGGGGCUGCUCGGAGGCGAACAGGUGGCGGUGAAGGUUUUCUCACAAACCAACGAGGCGGAGGCGAAGCAUUUCUCGUCGGAGGUUCGCACACUCGGCCGGCUGAAGCACCGUAACCUGGUCGGCCUCCGAGGGUGGUGCCGGACGCGACGAGCAACCGCCAGCAAGAUGAUUCUCGUGUACGACUACAUGAAGAACGGAAGCCUUGACCAGUGGAUCUUUGGCGAUGGGAAGCGAUUGGAUUGGCAAUCGAGGGUGAGGAUCCUUCGAGAGGUGGCGGCGGCGGUGUUGUACCUGCACGAGGGCUGGGGAGGCGAGACGGUGGUGCUCCACCGUGAUGUCAAGGCGAGCAACGUGAUGCUGGACGGCGACAUGACCGGUCGGCUGGGCGAUUUCGGGCUGGCGCGGGCGCACCGGAGGGGGCUGCCUUUGGGGACCACCCAGGUGAUGGGGACAGUGGGGUACCUGGCGCCAGAGGUGGUGAGGACUGGGCGGGCGACGACGGCGACGGACGUGUACGCCUUCGGGGUGCUGACGUUGGAGUUGGCGAGCGGGCGGAGGGCGGUGGAAGAUGGGCGUCCGCCUCUGGUUACAUGGUCUCGGGAGGUUGUGAAGGUGAACGGGGAUCUGGCAGUGUUGGAAGCGAGGAUGCGGGAAUCGGAGGGGUUCGACGACUGGGAGGCGGUGCGGCUGGUGGCAGUGGGGUUGGCAUGCACGAGCGAGGAUGCAGUGACGCGGCCGACGAUGAGACAGGUGGUGCGGAUGUUGGAGGCGGAGGAGCAGGAGGUGGCAGAGGACGGCGCGCGCGGCAGGGCGGAGGCGACGUCGUGGCUUCUAGAUGCGCGGCUGCGGACGACGGUGGAGUCUGACAGGGCGUGGGGACAGCACCAGCGUCCGCAGCCGCGGCACCACCUCACGAUCAAUGAGCUUCGAAAUUCGAUCUCCAUUUGCAUGCCGCUGACUGGGUCCGAUAUCAUCGUACAGCCACGUUAAAAUCACUAAACUUUUUUCUAUGAAUUCGAAUCAAUCCAAUUGUCGAUGGAACUGAGUUCUAUCGUAUUUAUCUUUUACCACCGUGUACUACAAAACAAAAUAAAUUAUUAUUAUUUAAUUAAAGUAGUGAGAAAUUGUGCAGGGAGGAUCCUUUCUGGAUCGCCCGAUUCACAGGAUUUACAUUAUAAUUAUCUUUAUAAGAAGGUUGCUGUCUUCCAGUCUUUAGUCGUUCUGAGGAAAAGGCUGGCAAGUCCCGUGAGGACAUGUUUUCUCUUAUCCAUCGGUUAUGGUACGACAUUGGAAUGGUGUCCUCAAGUGGAUGCCACCUUCCUUGACAUUUCAGAUGUAGGAAUUAACGUUGGUGUGGCUUUUUCUUUGCUCCAAUUAAACAGCGUGCCUUUGCAGAUGCUGUCUACUUUCCACUCUGACGUUGCUAACUGAUCGUCAAUAAUGAAUAUUUUCAUCCAGUUGGGUUGAGUACUUCCAUGCUUUGUCGACUAUUAUACUCGUCAACUCUCAAACGGUGGAUUAAAUGAAUCUCUGCCUAAUAAUUAAUGAAACUCGAUUUUCGUUAUUGCGUUUGACUCUUGAUCUGCAAUUGGUUGAUUGUGUAUACACUCGAAACCUGAUAAUUUU